AUGGUGAGUGAAGAUCCACCCGAAGAAGAAAAGCACCCCGAGGGGAGAUUGCCUCCGAUCGAUCAGAGUUUCACUCUUGAUCGGGAUUGGUUCAAACGUGUGGUACCGAUGCUGGCAGUUGGAUUGGUUUGCAAUGCUCAAACGAAACAGACCUGUGCCAAAUUGCGUCCGUAUUUUCCCACUUACGUACGAAUCCCGAAGUUGGACUACAUCUAG